CCAGAUGGAAAUGUCAGAAGAUGAUAUUAAUACGGAGGAAUACCCCACUGAAAUUCAUGAUUAUCUUGCAGCAUUUGAAAAAUCUCUUGGUUCUGUAGAUGAGAUGCUGAAGAAAAUGAUGUCAGUUUCCAGGAGUGAGCUUCUUGAAAAGUUAGAGCCUCUUGAGCAAGCAAAGCUGGAUUUGGUUUCAGUGUACACAUUAAAUUCAAUGUUCUGGGUAUAUUUGGCUACUCAGGGAAUCAAUCCAAAGGAACAUCCAGUGAAACAAGAAUUGGAGAGAAUAAGAACAUACAUGAACAAGGUCAAAGAAAUAGCGGACAAGAAAAAGGCAUCCAAACUUGAUAAAGGAGCUGCUUCUAGAUUUGUAAGAAAUGCACUCUGGGAACCAAAUGCUGAAAAUGAACACACCUCCAAAACUCCUGCUAAAGGAAAAAAGAGAAAGAUGGACUAAAUUUUUGUUUCCCCUUACAUAAAUUACAGACACCUAGAACUUAUUUCAAAACUUAUUUUGCAUACUGUAUGCAUCUUGCAGAGGUGCCGUAUAGAAACAUCUUUACUAUACUUGACUUCUCCAGGAUUGUAUUUUGUCCAGAACACUUGUCACUGAGGUGAUCACAUUAUAUGUGUAUCUGAAAGUGCCAUUUGAUGCUACAGAAGUAACAUUUCGUUUUUCAAAUAAUACUGCCCUGACAUACACUUGCUGGUAAUAGAUACUAGUGAUGGUUUUGCUCAUAAUGCCCAAUAAUU